AAGGAUUUGGGACCGCCCCAAAUGCACACCCGAGCGGAGAGAUGGGUUGGAGGGAGGAGUCUGGGACCAGGGGUCAAGGACCGAGGGGAGAGACUGGGCUUAGAGUCCAGGUCAAGCACAGCCCUUGAGCAGGGCGCCCCCCCCCCUCUUUCUUCUCUCCAGCCUCAGCUCCAUCUGGGAACCCCCGAGGCCUGCAAAGUUGCCCCCACCUUCGUUCCAUCUCGGGGGACCCCGGGCCGGGGAGGCCUGGAGGCCGGAGGGGCUGCGCCCUGGGCGGAGGCAGGAAGCGAGGCCUUCCCCGGCUCCUCCCUCCCCGCCCCGCAGCGAUCCUCGUGAGUCGCGAUCGGCUCCCUGGCGGGACCUUUGUCCCUGGGGUGGCCUCGGGGUGAAGACAGUCGCUGGGCAGCAGAGGAGCAGCCAGAACUCGCGACAGAUCCCAGGAGAGCAGGAAAAUGGCCUCCCGUGAAGACAAGGCUGUCACCCGCAGGGCCAAGGUGGCCACGGCUGAGAGGAUGAGCAGAUUCCUGAAGCACUUCACUGUGGUAGGGGACGAUUAUCACACGUGGAACAUCAACUACAAGAAGUGGGAGAAUGAGGAGGAAGAAGAGGAGGCACCCCCCACGCCAGCCAUGGGUGAGGAGGGCAGUGCUCCAGACACCGAGGCUGGCUCUGUCCCUGUACCCAAGCCACGUCUGGACUUCAGGAGCGUAUUGAGGAAGCUCUUCAGCUCCCACAGGUUUCAGGUUAUCAUCAUCUGCCUGGUGGUCCUGGAUGCCCUCCUCGUACUCGCUGAGCUCAUCCUGGACCUGAAGAUCAUCCAGCCAGACCAGAACAAGUAUGCAGCCAAGGUGUUUCACUACAUGAGCAUUGCCAUCCUGUUCUUCUUCAUGAUGGAGAUCUGCUUCAAAAUAUUUGUCUUCCGCCUGGAAUUCUUCCACCACAAGUUUGAAAUCCUGGAUGCCAUCGUGGUGGUCAUCUCGUUUGUCCUAGACAUUGUCCUCCUGUUCCAGAAGCAUGAGUUUGAGGCUCUUGGCUUGCUGAUCCUGCUGCGGCUGUGGCGGGUGGCCCGGAUCAUCAAUGGGAUAAUAAUCUCAGUCAAAACACGUUCAGAACGGAAGCUCUUAAGGUUAAAACAGAUGAACAUCCAGCUGGCUGCCAAGAUCCAGCACCUGGAAUUCAGCUGCUCUGAGAAGGAACAAGAAAUUGAGAGGCUCAACAAGCUAUUGAGACAGCAUGGACUUCUUGAGGACACCAACUAGCCAUCCAGGAAUUCUACCCCAGAGAAGCUGGCUAGGCCAUGACCUUCCUGGGGCCCAGGGUGAGAGGUCCAGUCCCUGCUUUUUGUUUCACCCCACACCUCUGGAACUAGGCUAAGAGCCUUCCAGCAGCUUCCCUGGUGUGACCCAGAGCUGCCCAUCCAUCUAUGCCUUCCAUCUGAAGCAACGGAAUCACGCUGUACACUUGGAUCUUGCUUGACAAUGAACAGGGAAGCCAGACUGUUCCUGUCGAUAAAAGCGAAUCUCAUCACACCAGUUCCAACUUUGCAUGUAGUUGUUGAGACCAGCACAUCUUUUCAGGAGCACAUUCUGAAAGAAGAGGAAAAGCAGCCACCUUAGCUUCCAGUCCAUUCCAGAGAAUCUAUUUCCCAACUGUUCCCAACAACUUUUCUUGUACCCCCACGGGAAGCUGCCGGGCUCUCCUCUGGCAUUCAGCUGUGUCAUCAGCUUCCAGCAGCUCCGCCUCCCUCUGCACCUGCCAGCGUUUCUCUCAAUUCCUGAACAAUUAAUGUACAAAAUAACCAUGCUGUGCUUGGCCCUCCUACUGCAUUCUUUCCUCCAAGCCGGUCCACACUAGCCCACCAGUUGGAGAACCAGCUAGCUGCAAGGCCUGUGCAGUAAUGGCAGUGAAAAAAAAAAAAAAAAAAAAAAAGAAAGAAAGAAAUGGCAGUGAGCCCCGGUCACCCUGUAAUUAGUGUAGUCUUUGGGGGAAGAUCCCUUGGGAGGCUUUGUGUUCUACACACAUGAUUAUAGGAUGGUAUUUUGCUAUUUUUGUGCUUACUUCAACAAGACUGAAAGUAAACCUGAACUAGAGACCAUGAGCACUUUUUAAAUUUACUCCCAUUAAAAGGGAGCCCUACCACAAGGAUACUGCAUCAGGGUCUGGUUUCUAUCUAGGACCUGUGUGUUGUGCUCAGGGGAUUAGAAAUGACCAAUUUCUAAACCAAAAAACAACAGUGACAUUUUCAAGAGGAAAAAAGCCAGUUGUGAAGGAAGUGGAGGAAAAGAAUCUUGGUGUGGACAUGUCAACAAAAGUUAAGAGUAAGGAGGGAAAUGUCCCCAAAUGACUUGGGACCCACAUGUCCACUGUCCCAAGCUGAAGACUUCAGGGUGGGGUCACAUUCCUUCAGGGACCACUUACAUCAGACAAACGGGAAAAAGAAGUUGAAGGGCAGCCUGGCGUUGAUGGAGGGCCGGGCUCUGAAGCCAGCCUCUGCAGGAGCAGACACGUCCACAAAGGUAACUGCGGUGGACACGACAAUCGUCCUCUCAUCUCCUGGGUGAGGCUGUAAUGGAAAGACACGGUGGGGGCCUCUGUGCCCUCUUCCUUGCUUGCUCAGGUGGGUCUGUGAGUCCAGCAGGUGUGGAGACCAGGCACAAGUCUUCCCAGGUUUCCUAACUGACCCAGUCAGGAACACCAACCACAAUUUAGUGCUCAGGGGGAUGGGAAGGACGAAAUUCAGACAAGUGCUACUGUGAAUAAAGCUGUCGUGAGCUUCUCCGUCCCAAUAUGCGUGAAAGAACCCAGACUGCAGCCAGACUCACACCUGCUGUCACCGCACUCAGGAGGUGAGGCAGAGGACAGGGAAAGCCCACCAGGCGUGGAGCACAUCUAUAAUUCCAGCAUUUGGGAAGGUGAAGCAGAAAGGUCAUGAGUUCAAAAGACCUUGUCUCAAGAAAAAGAAAAAAAAAGAAAGUUUAACCCAAACUGUUUAUAAUCAUUUGCACCCAGUAAUAAAUUUUACCUGUCACACUUGU